AAUAAAUAAAUAAAUGGUUCUUUUUCAAUAAAGUACUGUACCACACCUCGGCCUGCAAUUACCAAAACCUGUGAUUUCUCCAGCCAUGGCGAGUGACUCAGAUACCUCAGGGUCGUCCCACAGGCAGGCCACCGUAACCCUGGACGAACCGGAGAUGUCUCCCAGCAAACGCCUCAAAACCCUAAGCUCACCUCCCUCUUCGUUCUCCAAAGGAAAAGACACAGGAAUUGAUGAAUCAACGGUUGAUGAUUCGGAAACGCACACUUGUGAAAUCUGUUUGAUGGAGAAAAGUAUUGAUGAAUCAACGGUUGAUGUUUCGGAAAGGAACUGCUGUGGAAUAUGUUUGAUGGAAGAUGGGAAGGCUAUCAGAGGGUGUAUCGAUAGCUGCGACCACUACUUCUGCUUCGUCUGCAUCAUGGAAUGGUCAAAGGUCGAGUCUCGUUGCCCCCUAUGUAAGCGCAGGUUCACUACCAUUCGUCGUCCGCCAAAGGAUGGAUUGUUUCUCACCGAGCGCCUUGUUAACGUUCCAGUUCGUGAUCAGGUGUGCCAUAGGGCAAUAGAGACUCCUCAUCCAUAUUCGGAAGUACAAUGUGGUGUGUGCCGUAGUAGGAUAGAUGAAAGCCGUCUGCUACUUUGUGAUCUUUGUGACUCUGCCUAUCAUACUUACUGUGUUGGUCUGGGUGCCACUGGACCUGUAGGUGAUUGGUUUUGCCAGGACUGUACUGUUUCUGUGGAUGAAUAUACCAAAAGCGAAAUAGAUACCGAUUGUGCCAGUCAAACCUGUUGUAACGCUCAUGAAGUGCCACCAGCUGGGGCUUCUGUUUCUGUCUUAGAUAUUGUAGCUGAACCUGGUAUCAGAGAGGUUCAGAGACCCCAUACAACAGAUUCUCUGCGUACAAGUCGGUUGUCAUCUGGUAUUGCUCCUGACAGAGGAAUGAGUGUUGCAGCUAACACGUCCGAGGGGGAUUCAAGAAAUCCUGCUGUUGCAUCUAAUGCGUUUGAGGGGGAUUCAAGAACUCCUGCUGUUGCAUCUAACGCAACUGCCUUGGGUGCGAGAACGUUGCAGCGUUAUCGCAUUGUGCAUGAUCGCAUACGAGCAUUACGUGAAAAUUGGAAUGGCUUCCGAAGUGGGGCCUUGAGUUUCUGUUCCAGUUGCACUAAUCAUGACAAAUUAAGUCAACCUAAUUGCAGAUCUUGCAGGGGUCAGCAAUUGACAGCUCAAAAUGAUACUUCCUGUAAUAUAUCACAGAAUAGAGGCUCAUACAAUAUAGAAAAAGCAUGGAAAAUGAUGGAUGCUGCAAAGUCUAUUGAAAAGGGACGUGGAAGGGCCAGCUUCAUGCAUCAGGCUUCAAAACAUCAUUCAAGCAAAGUAAAUGUUCCAAAAGGAAAAGUUAACAUGAAUCCAUGUCUUCUCAUGGCGAAUGGGAAACAACCUGGGGCUACGAAUCUUAAAAUCAAUGGAUAUAAAAACCAUUACCAGUAUAAUUCUCUGGAGAAGGUAAACGAUUUGCAUAAAUCUCCGAUGUUUGAAAAACAAAAGCAGAGGACUGUUACUAUGGUGACAGAUUUAAAAUUCGGUGCGGGUUUGCCAUCUAAUUCACCAGUGUAUGAGUUGCCAUCUGCUAGGAUGGCCCAGACUUGACAUUUGCUAUGGAAAUGGCGGGAAACACUCACAGGAGUAUUCACUUGGAGCCUCAUCAGAUGUUCUUAAAGAGCAUAAUGGAUCUGCUGUUGGGUCAGUGGUGCACAUAGCUUCAAAUUUUACUUGUGGUACAUCGGAUGCCUCUUCCUCCAACAAGAUAGAAACUCCUGAAGGUAAAUCGUGCCAAAAGCCAGGCUAAAAGAGAUGAAAAUGCGAAGAGUGAGAUUCAGUCUCUUGUCAAGCUCAAUCUAAAGCUUCUGAGUGGAGAUAAAAAGUUAGAAGUGAAUGCAUUCAAGGAAGUCGCGAGGCUUGCCACUCAUUCCAUCUUGGCCGCAUGUGGUUUGGAGCGACCAAAGCCUGGUGUCCGCUCUUUCCCAAGUUCCGUAUGCUGCCAUGACAAACAAGAUCAGCAGCUUCGAAUGUCCACUUUAAUGCCUAGUUCUUGCAGAGAAUGCUUUUAUGUCUUCGUAAAGGAUGUUGUCAAAACCAUGAUGUUUGAGAAAGUGAGUGGCAUUCAAAUGUCGUAAUGAGGCCUUUGUGUUUAGGGUUUUUGCUGCAGAGAUGCAACGAGGCAGUUCAUGUUUGCAAAAUUGUGUAGGGUGUUAUGCGUUGGUAUUUCUUUUUGUUCUUGUGUAUUGAUUUCUCAAUACUCUGGAAUUCCUGUAUUUGUAGUGAUGAAAUUUUACAAAUGAAAGGGUGACAAAUCACAAUGAUCA